ACCGGUCCAAACGAAGCAAUCUAUUCAUAUUAAAAUUUUCGAUUAAGACAGACGAGAAAUGAAGGAGGAUAAUAAUAAUAUGCAAGCACAACAUAUUGUAAUACCAUGUCCUCAUUUUGUUUGCCUCUGCAUCAUUUCCAUUGGCUUUUGCUAUGCUGCUGCUGCUGCUGUAUAUUUCAGAGAUGAUUAUAAUGCAAAGCAGCCAGUGGAUAAGGGACUACUAGUACUAGAUCCCCGUGCCCACCGGCCACCGGCCACCUCCACAGACCUCAGUUUAUAUUUCAGUGAUGAUUAAGACAUCACAAUUCACAAAGCACUAAGCUGCGCUUAGUUAUGUUAAUAAUACCCAUUAGCAGUGACGCAUGAUAAGAACACGAGAGGCAUUAAAUAUUGUUGGGGCACUCAUAAUACUUCAGGUGAAUCCAAGAUUAUGAAGAUUACUUAAUAAACUAAAGAUACAAAUUACUUUUAGAAUUGAUACCUAGCUAGCACAUGUUUAUACCUGGGGGACUUUGUUUUUGCCUUUCUUCUCACAAGUGUCACAUUUCAACUUAAUAUUUAAUAAGCCACACAGAGAAACGAACAGAGUACUUUUUGGGAAGGGGAGCAGAAGACAGAGGAAUCAACCGACCAGAACUAGUAACCUUUGUAACCACAACCAAAACAAGCGACUCUUAUUGUUGGUAUUCAACUGCAAAACCAUCAAACUCCCCUCCUGAGAAAACCAUUUCCUAUAUAAACCCCACAACCAUGGCUCAGUCAUUUCAUCAAACUCAUAUCAAAACCCAGCAGCAAAGCAAGCAAGUUCAUUCAGCAUUCAAGUUAUUUUGCCCUCUUCUCUUCUGUUUUCAAAUCUAAAUACAAACUAUGGCAAAGAAUGUGGCUCAAUCUCCCCUGGAAACAAGCAUGGCUUCACUUGACCAAAGGUUGGCCAUGGCCAAGCGUUGCUCUCAUGAGGGAGUGGUUGCAGGAGCAAAGGCAGCUGUCCUAGCUGGCAUUGCUACUGCUAUUCCAACUGUAAGUUCCUUCUCUUCAUCAAAUCUCUGUAAGAAGACUCUCUAUCUGACUAGUGCAAGAGUGCUUCCAUGGGCAAGAGCUAAUCUCAAUCACACUGCCCAAGCUCUCAUCAUCUCCACAGUUGCUGGAGCAGCCUAUUUCAUAGUUGCUGACAAGACUGUCCUAGCUACUGCAAGAAAGAACUCACUCAAGCAUGCUUCCAACAAUUGAAGAAGCAUGGAUUCUAGUUUCUACUAUGACCAAUUAUGUGAAAUUCAUCCACUGUUGUUUAAAAAUAAGAUGAACUUCACUUAUGAAACUAAGACAUAUAUGUAUUCAGCAAUUGGAGUAAUCAAACGGGAACUAAGUUCAGUUUACUUACAUGGUUUACCAGUAGUCGUUACACGAACACAGCCCAUCUUUGAAAUGGUGGAACCGAUUUCUAUCUCUAGCAAUGAUUUCUCUGUUAAAUAUCUUCGAAAUCAGCUUAGUUGCAGAGUGGCAGUUACCACAAACACGCAGAUUCUUCACUAUCCGUAUGGUAGUCCCUGGCUUUGUACUGAUCAACCCAAAAGCAAUGGCCAGCUUCUCGCUAUGAUGGCUCAGAGCCUCUUGUUUCCAUUCCUCUUCCAUAUCAUACAACACCUCGGAAGUAUCCGGCACAAACCCAGAUUUCUCCAACAAAUCAUCUAUCUCAUCCACCAUCUCAUAGAUUUCAUCGCUCUGAGAAUGAGUCUUGUCACCAACUAGAAACUCAUGAACAACACUAUCCACCUCAAUAGAACUACAACCGGGAACUUUCUCCAGUCCUCUAUCGUUUAUCCUAGUUCUUAUUCUCGCCACAUCAUCCCAUUUCCCAGCUUUAGCAUAGAUAUUUGACAGGAGUACGUACGCACCAGUGUUUUCAGGCUCCAACGCGAAAACACGCUUGGCAGCCAUUUCGGCCAAAUCCACUCGUCCAUGAAGCCUACAAGCGCCAAGCAGAGAACCCCAUAUGGCUCCAUCAGGGUUCACUACCAUAUCAUCUAUCAGUAUCUCUGCUUCAUCGAAUAGCCCAGCUUUGCCUAGAAGAUCUAUCAUGCAACCAUAGUGUUGAAGUUUAGGCGUAAAGUUAUAAUCUUCUACCAUUGAAAAGAAGUACUUCCUUCCAAGUUCUACGAAACCACCAUGGUUACAAGCAGAUAAUAUACCGACAAAGGUGAUGUCGUCUGGUACAAACCCUUCGUUUGUCAUUCUGGAGAAGAGUUUGAGUGCCAUGUCAACAAACCCGUGCAUGGCUAACCCAGAUAUCAUUGCAUUCCAAGAAGCCAAACUUUUAAUUUCCAUGGAAUCAAAGAUUCGUUUGGCUGCCAUGAUAUCGCCGCACUUGGCAUACAUGUCAAUGAGGCUUGUCGAUAGAGCACUAUUUCUAGUCAACUGAAAUUUGUUCAUGUUCUUGUCUAUAUGAGCAUGGAUCCAUUUACCGAGAGUUAGAGCACCUGAGUUUGAAACAGCGGGAAGAAUGCUUACCAAGGUUACCUCAUUAGGGUCAACAUUUGAUUCGAGCAUCCGUCUGAAAAUCUCCAGUGCUUCCUUGUAACAGCCCAUGUGGUUAUACCCACCAAUCAUAGCGUUCCAUGAGACAACACUCUUGGUUUCCAUGUUAUCAAACAUGUUCUUAGCUCUUUCUAGAUCUCCGCACUUAGCAUACAUGUCAACAAGACCAUUGGCAAGCCUGAGAUUUGAUCCUAGCCCAUGAUCCUCAAUCCAUGAAUGCACCCAAUUGCCUAACUCGAGAGAUCCCGAAUUUGCACACGCUGAAAGGACAGACAGCAUGGUGCUCACGUUCGGGGUAACUCUCAUUCUAACCAUGUCUUCGAAGAAAGCUAGUGCCUCUUCAUAUAGGCGAUUCUGUAUAUAGCCUGCAAUCACAGCAUUCCACGAUACUACGUCUCUAACAGGCAUUUCAUCGAACAGCUUCCGGGCCUCAUCCACAAGCCCACUCGAACCAUACCCAUUGAUCAAAGCAGUAUACGAAAUCGGAUCUCUCUUGGGACUUUUGUCGAACACUGAUCUUGCAUAACCCAAUUCACCAUUCUGAGCGUACAUAUUAAUCAGGGAAGUAUGCACAAACGGAUCGUUAUCGACACCGAGCUUCAGAACAUGUCCAUGGAUCUGUUUCCCUUCAUGGGCAUUCCCCAGCUUCGCGCACGACUUCAAAACGAAGGGGAACGUAUGGUUAUUCGGCUCCAAACCAGCCACCAUCAUACGUAUGUAAAAUUCCACGGCCAGAACAGGGGAUUCACUCAGCGCGAAUCCCCUGAUCACGUGGUUCCAGAUUCUCUGAUCAGGGUUUUCGACGGUGUGAAAGAGCGACAGAGCAUAGGGAAGGUCGCCGAAGGGAGAAACCGCGCAGAACUCGAUUAGCUUGGUGAGAGCGAACUGGGUGUUGUUGUGGUGGAGGCCGGUUCUGAUGACGAGCGAGUGAAUUUGCUUGAGAGUUCGGAUGUCUUUGCAGGUGGAGAGAAGAGCGAGAGGCGAGUGGUUUGGGAGGAAUUGGGACGGAGGAUCAGUGACGGAUAGGGAAUGGGGAACUACGGUUGAUGAAACUGCGAGCGGAGAAGAAGAUGGAGAAGAAAACGCCGCCAUCGCCAUGGCUGGAUUGUGGAGGCAGAAACGGAUAAGGUCG